AACAUCCUAUGAUUUGAUGAAAAACAAGCUUAGUGUUCAAUUUGAUUUCAACCAAAUCACACUACACGAACCCUUCAAUUUGUGAAUCUUUUUCCAAGAGUCAAAUCACAAAAAAAUUUAAACUUUUCCAAAAAAAAUGUUUCGUUUCAUAAUUUUAUUGGCAACAUCAAUUUCAUUGAUUGAAUGUCAACGAUUUGUAUCCGGACCAUGUCCAGCACUUCCAUCAAUGGCAACAUUUGAUAAGACUCGGUUUUUAGGUCAUUGGGUUGAAGUGGAAAAGACACCAUCAAUUUUUGAUUUUAUGAUGCGUUGUCUACGUGUUGAUUAUCUAGGUAGUACAGAUAAUAAUGAUGGUAAUCUAAAUGUGAUUGUUAAAGGAACAUCAUUAGCUGGUCUACCAAUUACGGUCAAAGGUGAUGGUCUUCCACAUCCAGGAACUAAAAUUGGUAAAUACAAUAUUCGUUAUGGUUUUGGUGUACCAUUUCAAGGUUCAGAAGUGACUAUCAUCGAUACCGAUUAUAAAGAAUUUGCCGUUCUUUAUUCCUGUACCAGUAGUAUUAUUCAAGGAUUUUAUCAUACUGAAUAUUUGUGGCUUUUAUCACGUGAUGGAACAUUAUCAAAUCCAACUAGACAAAAUAUUUAUGAAACAUUGGAUCAUUUAAAAAUUAAUCGUGUUGGUUUACAUAUUAGUGAACGUUCUACUUGUCCAAAUAAUACAUUGGUUACACGUGAAAGUGAACAAAAUUUAGCUGAACCAGAAUUGUUUAAUGUACCAGAUAAACCAGAAGAAAUUCGUUUUGAAGUUACUACUGAAGAUCGUCCAGUUACCAUUAAUUAGACAAGAAGAAUAA